CGUGUCUCGUCUCAGCAACAACGGUCGUCGUCGGUGCUGGGUCUUUUACGCUCGAUUUUCAAUUUCUUUCCACGGCCAGAGGAAUAAGAAAACAGAAAAAAAAAUUCAGGCACACACCGAAAACAUAUGGUCUCCUUUGUAUGUGAGUGAAUUGAAACCGAAAAACCCCACAAAACAACAUUGUCAUCUGUGUUUGUGCGUAAAACAAGCGAGUGAAUGAGUGAGUCGGUCGAUUGUUUCUUAAAAAAAGUUUGCCGAGAGUUUAAAAAUAAACAAAAAACAACGCACUGCCUGCCGGCCCCUUAAAGUGGAAAUCAUGUUGUAAAGAUAGAUAUUCUAAGAGCAAACAACAACAACCAAAAUUGGGGACAACAAACCAAAGCAAAGAAAAAAAAAAAACAAGAAAUCUCAAAGAAAAAAAAAAAAAAAAAAGAAAUACCCCAAAGUGGAAAAUAAAAGCAGGCAUUUUACACUAAAUCAUCACAAAAUUUGAUUAUGAAGCAAAAACAACAACAUUUUCCCUCCAACAUCUUGGAAAGGUUAAAAGUUUCUUAAAUUAGCAAAAUUAAAAAAAAAAGAAUCUCACAUAAAAAUAGCUAUGAGAAAAUAAACAUCUUCAAGAAAAAAAACAUAAAUUCUAAAGGAAAAAAAUAACAAAAAGAAUUCCAUUAAAUCAACACCAACCAACCAACAAUCCAAUGGAAUUCCCCAGAGUAAAACAUAAAACGAAAUAUGGGCAAUUUUCAUAAUUCAAAUUAAUUAACAGUCAUAAUUUUCGUUACAAAAUCGCCAACAGCAGCAGCGGCCAUUUACAUUCUAGAUUCCGCGUUGUUUUUUUCAACCAGUGUUUUGUUUGGCUCAAAUUUAUGUGCGUCAAUAAGUGAAUAUAAGUGUUCUUGUUCUUGUUGUCAUUAUUGUUAUUAUUGUCAUUCCAGUAUCAUUUAUAAUACUUAAGGGGAAUCAAGCCAAGUGUCUGUUAUUAAGAUAUCACACACACACACACAUUCAUCUUUACAAAAUAAAUACAUACAUACACACAAUCAGUGUAAAUUACAAAUCCCAAGUUACCGCCAACCUCAUUGGAAAUCCUCAAACCUCAAAUCAAAAUAUCUUUAAGGAAUAUUCAAUUAUUCAAAUAAAGAGGCAAAAAGGAAAAAAAACCCAAAAAAGUGUGAAAAAUAAAAAUCCAAAAAAAGAUAAUAAAAAAAAUCAAAUUUAAUGCUAAUAUCAGCUAAACCAUAAAAAGAGAAAUACGAAAAAAAUCCAAAACCAAUUCCCCUUAACCAAAGAAUAGUGAAUUUCCAUAUUACAACAAAAAUCAAAACCUAGCAAAAAGCAAAGAGUGUAAAGCAAAAAAUUGAUUUCCAUAUUAAACGAAAUAGAAAAAAAAAAUCAACGAAACAACCAAACACACGGAAUUCAUAGCCGCUCUUAGCUGGAUCAGAGCAUACUUUUCCCAAAACAUGGAGUUAUUUUCAAAUGGAUGCCAAUAACAUUGGAUAAGAGUUUUUUGUUUAGAAAAAGCAUCUGUAGACAGCAGAACAUAUGAGGUGGUCACACAAUUCCCAUUUGGAUCCGCAAUGAAUUUCGUGGAAGAAACCGUAUACUAAAGAAGAAGAAGAAACAUAUCAGCUGGCCAAAAAAAAAAGAAGAAACAGGCGAACGAUAAAACCAACGAACAAACCCUAUAUCCUAUCCCGACAAUAUUUUGUUAUUUUUUCCGGCCUUUUCAUAAUUUUUAUUUUGUGAAAAUCCACGAAAACCCAGAAAGAAAGUCAAACGAAGGAACAAUUUUCAUGCACAGAGGCACGCGCGCUCACACACACAAACAUAGCUAUUUGUGUUGUGUCCCAUUGCUAAAUGACGUAUUCUGAUGGUAUUGACUGUACGGCGAUUAAAAAUGGAAGCUUGGCAAUUUUAUACAAAUACAAAUAUAAACAAAAUCAAAUUAAUGCCAGACCAACAGCAGCAACAGCAGAAGCAGCAGCAGAAAAGUCAAUAUCAACAAAGGAUAGUGAAACAGAAGCCGAAGCAACAUCCCAUCCAGCAUCAGCAUGUGGAACACGGGGCGGCAUUGUUUUUGGAGGAAUAUCAACAGCGACAAGAACUAAAUCAGCGCCUGCAGCAUCAGCAGCCACAGCAGCAGCAGCAGAGUUAUCAGCAAUUGAGAGAAAAAAUCCCACAACGUCCACAUGCCGAAAAUCACAUUUUUAUAACAAACGUAAAUCAGAAUUGCUUAACUGCCUCCAGUCUUGUUGUGAACAAACAAAACCAAAAAACAAUAUCGGCCACGGCGGAUUCAACGGACGACUGUUGCCCAGCCAUACCAAUACUACCAAUAACAACAGCAGCAACGGCUACAGGACCAACAACAACCGCAACAACAUCAGCAUUGAUUCCAGCUCAGUCAACAGUAUGUCAGCCCAAAUGCAAACAAACAACAGCCGGAGUAAAAACAACAACAGUAGCACGAGCAGUGGAAUCCUUGUUGGUUAUGUGCCGCCAUCAGCAACAGUAUCAGCAUCAUCGUCAUCAUCAGAAUCAGCAUCAGCAUCAACAACAACAACAUUCUCAAUAUCAAACAGAAAAUCUGAAUUUGAAACAGUAUCCCCAGCAAAGGCCUCAAAAGCAGUCUCUUGUAGAGCAUCAACAAAAACCCCAUCACCAGCAACAGCAUCAGCAUCAAGAAAAACAACAACACCAGAAACAGCGUUACCAACAUUGUCAAGACUACCACCUGCCAUCGUUGUAUUCGAAUCGAAACAGCUCAAACAGCAGCAGCAAAUCAAAAAAUCUGAGAAAAAGCCUGUACAGCACCAUGAUGGAACAACUGCUGGUGAUUGGCUCUUUAUUGAUCGCAUUAAGCGUUCGUGUGGCCGGCGACGAAUCUCAGGAUUUCCAAAAGAACAUUCCUGCACGUCUGGUCUGGGCAGCAGUGGGCAAAAGUGUCGAUUUGCCGUGCGAUCUAACACCGCCAGCGCACGAUUCUGUAAAACUAUUGCUGUGGUUCAAGGAUACAACAGGAAUUCCACUCUACACUUUGGACUCACGCGGCGGAAAUGUAAAAUUGGCCACCCAUUCAGCCAUAGCUAGCGAUUUGGGUCAACGUCUAUUCUUUUCCAUUGGCGAUAAUCCCAAGGAUUCACGUCUUCAGAUACGCGAUGUUAUACCAACGGAUGGCGGUGUUUAUCGCUGUAGAAUAGAUUAUUUCAAUUCGCCAACGCGUAACUAUAGAAUAAAUUUAACAUUGGUUGUUCCUCCAGAAGAGCCUCGCAUAUUCGAUGCCCAAGGUAAUGAAAUUGCCCAGGCAGGACCAUUUCGUGAGGGUUAUGAAAUGUUUUUAUGCUGUCAAGUCAAAGGAGGUCGCCCACCACCAAAAGUCACCUGGUGGAUGGGAGACACCGAAUUAAUUGGUACCAGCCAUACAUCCACUGAAGAAGGAGCCACCGUCAUUGUCAAUCAAUUGCUGAUUGGCACAACGCCCAGAGAUUACUAUGGAGCGAAAAUUCAAUGUCGUGCCCAAGGCACCAAGCUGAUAGAGCCGGUGACAAAGGAAGUUGCCUUGCAAGUCUAUUUGAAACCUUUAAAAGUGAAAAUUGUAACACCAAAUGAUUUGCUGACAGCAGGACAUCCAGUGCCAAUUAGAUGUGAGACAACGGGCUCUCAUCCGCCAGCCAAAAUCACAUGGCUAUUGGAUGGUGAGCCAAUUCGCAAUCCCGAGGUGACAGUGCGGGAGGAUUCAAAUAAAACAACCAGCAUACUGACACUAAAGGUAACCUCGGAGAAUGAUAACGCUGAGCUAACAUGUCGUGCAACGAAUCUACGUUUUUCUGGUGGCGCCAUCGAAGAUAAACGUAUCAUACGUGUGGCAUAUCCUCCAACGGUUUCGGUACAUUUGGCCAAUGAAGAUCCAAGUCGCGUAGUAACCAGAGCUGAAGGACAAAAUGUUACAUUCAAAUGUCGUGCCGAUGCCAGGCCACCCGUAACAUCGUAUUCAUGGUUUAAAAACGGUAUGCGUAUGUCUGGUGAAAGUUCCGAGAUAAUGCAUCUAACACAAUUGGAACGAGAAAGUGCUGGGGCUUAUGCCUGUGGGGCAACAAAUAUGGAAGGUGAAACCAGAAGUUCCAGCAUAACGUUGAGGGUGCAAUAUUCACCCCGCUGUAAACCAGGCACUGAACAAACAUCCAUUGGCGCCAUAAAUAUGCACUCAAUACCGGUCAAAUGUGAAGUAGAUGCUGAUCCACCAGAUUCGGUGAAAUUUAGUUGGACCUACAACAAUACCAGAAAUGUGUCACCCGUCUUGAAUUCGAGAAUACAAUCGAAUGGUCUGGUGAGCACGGUAACGUACCUGCCUCAAACCGAUUCCGAACUAAUAACAUUGGCAUGUUGGGCGAGUAAUGCAGUCGGUCGUCAGACAACGCCGUGUCUGGUGCAUAUUUUGCCAGCAAAUCCCCCGGAAACGCCCAGAUCAUGUGAGCUACGCAAUGACACCGUCUUGGAAGUGGUUUGCGUUGCUGGCAGUGACGGUGGCCUCUCACAAUAUUUUGUCCUGGAAGUUGUGGGCGGUGACCCCAUGUACGGAGUAAAUGAUGCAACGCGCAGCUUUAAUGAUGCAAAUCCGGGAGAAAAUGAAAUAUCCACAAUGAAUGACCAGGCAACAUCGGCACCCAUCUUUCGCAUUCAGGAACCUAAUCCCCAGUUUCGUUUAAAUAACUUGGAACCCGGUCGUGAAUAUCAAUUUCAUGUCUAUGCUGUUAAUGCCAAGGGCCGUAGUGAUCCACCGGUGGUCAUAGAACGGGUUCGUGUGGCUGCCCAACUGGGGCCAUAUGGUAAGUUAUAUGAAUCCAUUCUCUCGGAGGAUCCAACACCUGCCGAAACAACGCAUCAUGUCAGCGGUAAUGUUGGUGUUGCAGCCAGUGGUGCUGGUGCCAGUAUAGGUGGUGGCCCCGAAAAACAAUCAACACUAUUACUGUUGGCGGCUGUGGUGGCCAUUGGAGCGGUUAUUGUGACAUCGAUUAUUGUGGCGGGUAUUGUGGUUGUUUGCAAACAUCGACCGAGAGCACCCCAGCCACAAGAUGUACGCAAGAGUAUGAGACCCGCCCGCAGCGAUGUCCCCUCCAUGUACAUUGAGGAGGAAGAACUGAACGACGAAGAGGCAGCCAUGGGCACGGCAAGAGCUGCAGAAAUUCGUGCUCGCAUAGCACCCAUAAAUAUGAUGCCACGCUGCAGUACAAGUACGGCGAGUAGUCAACAUCAUUAUAUCUCUGAAGGUUUCAUACAAUACGCCCAGCCGAGUCUAAACGGCGAUGUACUAUUGCCCUUGCUCGAUUGCCAUACUUCUUCAUCGGCUAAUUGGUAUGCUUUGUAUCCUUAUCCCAAUGCCGCGUCUGGUACAGCCAGUGCACGCAGUGCCACCACUACCAGCAUGAAUUGCCAGAAAAUAACAGCGGGUAAUGCAACGAUGAAUGCUUUAAAUGCUGCUGCUUGGUCGAAAAGAUAUUUGCCCGUGCGAACGGGCAAUGGAGGCGUUAAACUUUGGAUUAAUGGCAGUGAUGUUUAGAAAAUUACCCUGAUCUGAUAUUGCCCCGAGGUGAAUUGGAAUUUACAACAUUGGAUCCAACGCUGAAAUAAUACGAACACCAACACCAUCUACACAGUCACCACCACCAUCACCAACAACAACUACAACAACAAACUGAGCUGAAUAAACCCUUGACUGUAAUAGCACCAACAACUGCAACUGCUACAACAACAACAAUUAACAUAAGCCAAAUAUAACAUAAACAUUGAUGAGAAUUGAAAUCACUGCAUAAAAUCGCUAUCUCUACAUCUGUAUGUAUGUCUAUCAAUCACUCAAACGUCACUAGACAGUGUGUCUGUCAGUCAUGGCGUAUCAUUAUUCCCUGUUAUCUUUUAUUCUGCUCCAUACCCCCCAACAAUGGCAAGAAUCUAUGCAACCAAACAGACAACCUACCAAUUUUUUCCCUGAAAAAAAAAAAAACAUCCCACACACAUGCAUACGUUCGUACAUACGUUCAUUUCCCUAGUCUAGGAAUGGAAACCUUCUAGAAUAACAACAAAUAAUUAAAAUGAAUAUUAUGUCUAAGACUUCAACGUACAUUUCUAUGUAUAUGUGAGUUCAUCGUUCAAGGAUCAAGAAAGAAAAAAAGGAUAUUUCAUUCGUUUUUAUUUUCUCUCUAAAAAUGGGUAUGUAUGUAUAUAUGGGAAACAUUUGAGUCGGUUAAAAAGAUAAAAAAUUAAAAAAUACUAGAAAAACCAUUUUAACUGAACUCCAGACGGCAAGUGACCUUUGGAAAGUAGUGUUUCCCAUAUUGAGGGCAUAAUUAAUACAUCCAGGUCAAAAAAAGAAAAACUUUGAGCACAACCAAACUCAACUUAAUGUCCAUUGUGUCUCAAGUACGACACUGCACUGCCUGCAAGUGAAAGUUGAGUAUUUGCCAAUUAUUAUAGAAUAUUAAUUAAUUAAAUAAAUUUUUAGAAAGUUUCUACAAAGCCUAUUUUUCCCAAGUUAAUUUGAUAUGACAAUUAAUCAAUUAUGCAGUUAAAUAAUUUAAGGGAAUAGUAUGAAAAUAAUUUAAGUUUUCAUUCCUUCUAAUUAUUUCUCUUUGAAUUAAAUAAUACGAAAAGGUUUUAAAGGUUUUGUUGAAACAAAUCCAUUUCAUUAAAGCAUACUUUUAGGAGCAGUCGAUAUUAUAAAGAAUUAUAGACUUUAGCCGUAUUUACACGAUUACCUUUGGGGGAAUGAGAUGAAGAGAACAGUGCUGUCAACUUUAAAAUAAAUUUUAUGUUCUUCGUUAGAGUUGACAACUAAACUAAAGGGAAAUGUGUUAAGAGCUUUAGGAAAAUUGUUAAAAAAAAAACACACACACACACAUAAAGCCCAAAACUACUUAAGGUCUAUAUUGGAAUUGAUACAUAUAUACAUAUAAUAUAGUUUUUGAAUAUUAUUUCGUGGAAAUUUUGAACGCAACCGCACCGUAUAUGGUCCAUUCGAAUUUGUCCAUUUUUGGCCUACUCUUUCCAAAAAUGUUUCGCAGUGCUUCAAUUAAAGAGAACUCGACUAUUUAGACAUGAGCUUUAAUAUAGCCUCAAACAAAAUUGUCUAAAGGCAUUGAGUCCCACGAUAUAGGCUGCCAAUUCACCGGUCCCAAAGAAGCCUAAAUAGAAGAGGAAAGCUCCCCCCUCUUCACAAUUUUUUUAAACUAUCAGGUUAAGAUUCCUUGGAAUCUGUGCGGUUUAAGCUUAUAAUGUAUUUGGAAAUAUUAGUGAUAAUAAUGCGAGGAUCAUGUUGGUCGGCAAUUUUAAUACUCGAGCGAGUCUGCCAUCUGUCUGUCUGUUGAAAUCACAAUA